AUGUCCAGUGAUAAGAGACGUUAUGAUUCAACUAGCAUUUCAAAAUCAUGGGCCAGAGAUGAUAUUAUGCGAAAACAGACAUUAUCUUCUGGCAAAGUUGAUAUUUACUACUACAGUAGGGGAAUGAGAAAUGAUGCUUCUUUGGUACCACCGAUAAGACAAACUGCAUCUAUAUUUAAACAACCUGUGACAGUACAUAGAACUCAAUCUGAAGGUAAAAUUAAAUCAGAUUUUAAACAUGGAACGCAAGAUAAACCAAAGCAAUUAUUUUGGGAAAAAAGAUUAGAAGGAUUAAGAGCAUGUGAUAUUGAUGGACAUGAAUUUAACAUAAUGGAAUUACCUAAAAGUUUAAAAACAAUCGGGCCACAUAUAGCAGAUGAAACAAUUUUACAAUCAGUUGCGACAGCACUACAUGUAUCGACACAACCGGUUACUGGUCAAAAUAUAAUUAAAACAAGCAUGGAAAAAAAUCCAGGGGUUUUUAUUAAUCCAGAACAACCACUUGUUCAGGCUGUAAACAUAUCAGAUGACGAUAUUAAAAAACAAGAAGAAAAAGUUUUUAUAGCUAGAAGAAAACUUCAAGAAGCUCUUUGUGUUCACUAA